AUGGAUACCUGGAGACCAGUUACAUGGGGUAACCAAGAACCAUUAGUACCCAUUAGUACGGCCGCCCUACGAGCUAAGCCAAGUCAGCGAAUUCUAGCAUUAUCAGAGCCAAAACCUAUCUACGUUGACGAAGCGACUCACUUAUUAAUGAGCAUGGAGCGUUCAAAAUCUGCACCUGCUACAUCGAAUCUCCGUUACAAAGACCCAACUCCACGGAUUAUACAACUUGCAGAACCGAAGAAACCACUUGUACUUGAAGGUGCUGAUAAAAAGUAUCAACCAUUUACGAGAGAGGGUGCAAGGUCGCCAUUAACAGAAGAGAAAUUGAUAAGACUUAGUACACCAAGUACUUUAAAUCGACGGUUUGAGCCCGAUAGAACUAAUAUUACAGAAGUAUCGAGGGCAGCCCUUUUUGGCAAUAUCCCUUUAAGUGUUGAUCAAUUAUCUCAACCUAAAACCCAUCGUCAAGAUAACUGUAGAGAUCCAGUUUGGGAAAUCAGCAAGGCAACAAAGCAUGCGAAUCCAUCAUCACGUAUUCGAGAACUAGCGCGACCAAAAAUAUUGCCGGAAGGAUUUCAAAUACAAAAAGUUGAACCAUGGAAGCCUCUUUCGCGUUCAUUAAGAGCUGUAUGUACCAGGAGGACAAAUGAAUUAGCUCAACCUGUUCGACGCGAUAGUAUGUCUGAUUGUUUAUAUGAUCCUGAAGCUUUUACGGUUAAGAAAACAGCAUUAUUGGGGAAAGUACCCGAUCGUAUUGAGACUUUAGCUCAAAAGGCUUAA